ACUCUCCGGUCCCGAGUUUCCAUCAGGCGGAUCCCGGGCGGAGGGAGCGGCGGCGGCGGCGGCGGCGGUGGCGGCGGCCCGGCCACUGAUCCCAGGCAGGGCUGGACCGACCCGGGGUUUGUCACCAUGAAGGACCGGCUGGGGGACCUGCGGGCGUACAAAGAAAAUUAUGACGAUGAAGUGACUAUCACUAUGGAAAAGGAGCACUUUAUGGAUGAGUUCUUCCAUCAGGUUGAAGAAAUCCAGGGAUACAUUGACCGUAUUUCUGAAGAUGUGGAAGAGGUGAAGAAGAAACACAGCAUCAUCCUAUCAGCACCAAACCCUGAAGGGAAAACCAAAGAAGAACUGGAAGGACUGACACUCUCAAUCAAGAGAAAUGCAAACAGGGUCCGAAAUAAGCUAAAGAUUAUAGAACAAAGCAUUAAUGAAGAGGAUGAGAACCAAGGUUCAGUAGAUUUAAGAAUACGCAAAACGCAGCAUUCAACUCUGUCCCGAAAAUUUGCAAAUGUUAUGACCGAAUACAACGAGAUUCAAAUCUUAUUCAGAGAGCGCAGCAAAGGACGAAUUCAGCGGCAGCUUGAGAUCACUGGGAAGACAACCACUGAUGAUGAACUGGAAGAGAUGCUGGAAAGUGGCAACCCAUCUAUUUUUACGUCUGAUAUCAUAUCAGACACUCAGAUCACCAGGCAAGCUCUUAAUGAGAUUGAGUCACGGCACAAAGACAUCAUCAAACUGGAAGCAAGCAUACGAGAGUUGCACGACAUGUUUGUGGACAUGGCCAUGUUAGUGGAACAGCAGGGUGAAAUGAUUAACAACAUAGAGACAAAUGUGGUGAACGCUACUGAAUACAUUGAACGGGCAAAAGAAGAGACUAAAAAGGCGGUUCGAUACCAGAGCAAAGCAAGGCGGAAAAUGUUCUACAUCAUGAUUUGUGUUGUGGUCCUCUUAGUCAUUGUUGCAAUUAUCAUAGGAGUGACUGUCCCAUCGUAGCGACCACCCCAGCUUGAAGCAAGUGACCAGGAAGACUUGUUGCAGGUCCUGCUUUGCUGAAUAGGGCUAAUCGUGCUGGCUGAGCCAUUUAACAUUACUGUUCAGUCCUUUUGUUCUGGAAUGAUGCAAGCGCUCCAGCAACAAACAACAGUUGCUUGUGGAAUGCUUAGUACCAAAGCAUUUACUGCCAUUAAUUGACCAGUUUGUACAAUACUUGACUGUUUUUAUACCAUAUGAAUGUUUAUUCUUUUUUUAAGUUAGCAAUUUGCUUUGGAGACUGUUUACAUAAUAAAGAUUCUGUUGAUUUUCA